UUCUUUUAAAGCAAUUGUGCAUGAAUGGUGUUUCACAGUUAAGCAAGAGGUGGCCAUUUCAGUCUUUGAAAAGAUGCAAGCACAAGAGAUUCUAAGGAAUUUGCGCCUUCCAGAACUUGAAGACUUCAGCCAAUUUUUCCGAAGCUUGCCAGCUUCCGCCUUGGUGGGCAUUGGCGCCUUGGCAGCUGUUAUUGCAUAUUGGCUUGCCAACCGCCCCAAAGCGGUGAAACCACCAUGUGAUCUCCUAACGCAAUCAGAGGAAAUCGAGGGCUGGGAUGGUGCACGGAGAUCUGUAAUUGGUGACAACACACAUUUGCUAACUCAUUACUAUGAUGAUGCAAGGACCAUGUAUGAAGUUUUUAGAAGGGGUUUUAAUAUAUCUGAAAAUGGUCCCUGCUUAGGAUUCAGGAAAUCUAAACAGCCUUAUCAGUGGUUGUCCUAUAAAGAGGUUGCUGAAAGAGCAGAAGCACUGGGGUCAGGUUUACUCCAAAAAGGAUGCAAAUCAUCAGCAAACCAAUUUAUUGGGGUCUUUGCACAAAACCGGCCAGAGUGGAUCAUUUCUGAGCUGGCUUGCUAUACCUAUUCCAUGGUUGUGGUUCCCCUGUAUGAUACAUUAGGCCCUGGAUCCAUUCGUUAUAUUAUUAAUACAGCUGAUAUUUCUAUAGUAGUUUGUGAUAAACCUGAAAAGGCCAGAGUCCUGUUAGAACACGUAGAAAAAAAAGAAAUACCGGGCUUGAAAUCAGUUAUUUUGAUGGACCCCUUUGAGAAGGAUCUUAAAGAAAGAGGACAAAGAUGUGGAGUUCAAAUCCAGGCAAUGCAGGAAGUAGAGGACUGUGGUAGAGAAUGCUGGCAUGUCCCUGUACCUCCUCAACCAGAAGAUCUGUCAAUUGUCUGCUUUACUAGUGGCACCACAGGUAACCCAAAAGGUGCUAUGCUGACUCAUGGAAAUGUGGUGGCUGAUUUUUCAGGUUUUUUGAAAGUGACAGAGAGUCAGUGGUCUCCUACAUAUGAGGAUGUACACAUUUCCUAUUUGCCUUUAGCACACAUGUUUGAGAGAAUGGUACAGUCUGUAGUAUAUUGUCAUGGAGGACGAAUUGGCUUCUUCCAAGGGGAUAUUCGCUUGCUGUCUGAUGAUAUGAAAGCUCUGCGUCCCACCAUCUUUCCUGUCGUGCCAAGGCUACUCAAUAGGAUGUAUGAUAAGAUCUUUAGUCAAGCAGACACUCCUAUGAAACGUUGGCUUCUUGAAUUUGCCGCCAAGCGUAAAAAGGCAGAAGUUCAAAGUGGGAUCAUUAGAAAUGACAGUAUAUGGGAUAAAUUAUUCUUUAACAAAAUACAGGCAAGCCUGGGUGGUUGUGUUAGGAUGAUUGUUACUGGAGCUGCUCCUGCUUCACCUACAGUUCUGGGUUUCCUUCGAGCAGCACUAGGAUGUCAGGUUUAUGAAGGCUAUGGUCAAACAGAGUGUACAGCUGGGUGUACCUUUACCACUCCAGGAGACUGGACAUCAGGCCACGUUGGAGCACCUUUGCCUUGUAAUUUAAUUAAACUGGUGGAUGUUGAAGAAUUGAAUUACUUUUCUUCCAAAGGAGAGGGAGAGAUCUGUGUCAAAGGUCCCAAUGUUUUCAAGGGCUACUUAAAAGAUAGAGCGAGAACAGCUGAAGCAUUGGACAAGGAUGGCUGGCUUCAUACAGGGGACAUUGGAAAGUGGCUGUCUAAUGGGACACUCAAAAUCAUUGAUCGAAAGAAGCAUAUAUUUAAAUUGGCUCAGGGAGAGUAUAUCGCACCAGAAAAAAUUGAAAAUAUCUACAUUCGUAGUGAACCUGUUUCCCAAAUAUAUGUGCAUGGAGAUAGCUUACAGGCCUUUCUGGUGGGGAUAGUUGUACUGGAUGCUGAAGUCAUGCCAGGCUGGGCCAAGAAAAGGGGCUUUGAUGGAACUUUUGCAGAGCUUUGUAACAAUGCGGAACUGGAAAAAGCUAUAAUGGAAGAUAUGGUGCACUUAGGAAAAGAGAGUGGACUUCAUUCAUUUGAACAGGUUAAAGCUAUUUACAUCCACUCUGAAAUGUUCUCCGUACAAAAUGGUCUGUUGACACCCACGUUAAAAGCCAGGAGACCAGAGCUGAGAGAAUACUUCAAGAAACAAAUAGAACAGCUUUAUUCAAGCAUCUCCAUCUGACAGCG